AUGACCGGGCCUGCACGCAAAAGGGUACGCAAAAGAGGGACCACGUCAUUUUCCAGAUACCGCAGGCACAAGAGGCCCAAGCCUACCGUGGAAGAGCCCUCGCUUGAGGAGCGGAAGAGCAUUUGUGCAGAAUACGAGUCGUUUAAUGAAGUAGGGGAGGAUUAUUGGCUUGUUCAGGAUAUAUUGCGCCACCGCCGUGGCCGCAGGAAGGGCACGUUUGAAUAUCUGGUGCUCUGGGCAGAUCACCCCCGGACUGGGCAGCGCUUUCCACCAGAGUGGUUGGCGAGCGACAAAGUCACAGAACCGGCUAAAGAAGAGUACUGGGCCAAACUGACCGCAGAGGACAACAAGGCCGCAGAGGGUGACCAGACCCUAAAGAAAACAGACGGCGAAGAGAAACCGAAGGGCCAAGAGAAUCCGAAGGGGGAAGGGAACCUCAAGUGCGAAGGGAACCCAGAGAGAGAAAGGGUCUCAGAGGGCGAAGACGCCGCAGGGAGAGAAGACGCUGUAGAGAGCGAAGACCAGGAUAUCCCCGAAGAUAUCCCUGUGGACAACGGAGAACCGGACACUUCGUACGUCCCAUCGACACUCAUUCAAAGCAAAAACGUCUCUGGUUCUGCUCGACUAGCUUCAGAAGAGUUUUCAGAGAAGGCCAACUUUUAUAGCUCCUCAGAGCCGUCGGCCCAGCCAAAGUCGGUCAGACCGCGCGACCGAUCAUCCAGAAGCAAGACAACCGAGCUCCACGCCCCCGUAUCGCAGGAGUUUUCGAACCAAGAUCGAGGAAAAUCUGGGGAUCGGACCGAGGAGGCGCACACGCUAGUAUCACCGUCGCCGGAAUCUCACCCCUCAUUGCCUGCUGAACCACCAGCGGCCGACACUACCCUUUCCUCAACAUCCCCUCGCCCUCGAGGUCCGGGCGAACAGCUGCUUGGCUUUUCGUCGAUCAGCUCCUUUGGCCAUUCUCCGACGCUAUCAUCCGCCUCGAAAUCCUUGGACCGAGGAUCUGUCCCAAGCUUUUUCCUUCCGGAAGAAGGCGGACUCCGGGUGGAAGAGAUAGCGCGACGGUUCUGGGAUCCUUCGUAUCGUCCGGCCUUUAUGAGACCAAGGUUCUGUGCUGAAGACCCUGCAUUUACCAACAUGGAUCUCCCAACCGACUCAACUGUCAACCCACCAGCCGAGCAACUCUCUGAGACCGCGAUGGUUCGUAGCAAUGCUGCCCCAAUGUCGAUAUAUGACGUUACUUUAGGAAGUGCACUCCCAAUUCAAGACUCCAUCGAGGAAGAAGAACACACAUCGAACGGUGAGCGGUUCUCAUCGGAAUCCAAAACAAGCUCGAGUCAGCAAUCUGUCGAAAAUGAGCGGAACGCAAUCCAAAUUGCUGAAUUGGUUCAACCAAGCCUGCCUAUUCUUGGUCCUUCAGAAUACGCGAUAGCACUUCCCUGCGAGGGCAAGAUAAAUUCAACAUACUCCGACAUUAUCAAAGCCAAGGAAAAGUCCAUAAAGAAGUUCAUCAGUAGACACGAAUCCAUUGGCUCGUCAAACGGGUCACUUAAUCGAGCCCAAGAAAGAAACGAGAUGAAUGAGUUGGUCCAGCGCCUGCACGACACUGUCACGCAUAUGGAUCUGGGCUUGCCUGGAAUAUCUACCCAACAUUCACUCGAAUCGCAGGAACUCGCAGCUUAUACAAACUAUGCAAGCUCGAAAUUCUCCUUUCUUGGACAUCUCGUUAAUAUGUUGAAAACUACCGACUGCUCGAUUCUUAUCAUGGCUCGAGAGGGACCUGUCCAGGAUCUCCUUGAGCAAUACCUAAAGAUGAAGCAGGUCAUCGUGAAACGACCAGAUCGGAUUGCCCGGUCAAAGUCACCAACCCCAGAUCGGCUCACGACGGAUUUUCAGGUUGAACUGGUCAGCACCUGGUCGACGCACGAGCUUGCCAUUUACCCUAGACCAGUUCUGAUGAUUGCUUUCGAUGCGUCUUUCGAUUCCCAAGACCCUCAGGUUGCACGAAUUCGAUCCCAACGUUCUGAAAGGCAGCAUGAGCUCAUGCCGGUCCUUCAUUUACUGGUUGCAAACUCGUCGGAGCACGUCGACCGCUGCCUUCCGAAAAGUAUGCCGUCCCAUCAGAGGCUAAAAACGUUGGUCCGAGUUACCUAUCAGGCCUGGCCAAAUCUGGGCGGAAAGCCGAAGUCUCUACCACUUCCAUCAGAAGAACCAGAGGGCAGACCCAUGGAUUUUACUGAUAUCCAACUGAGUAUCAGAAAGGGACUUGAACGGAGGCUUGUGAUGCUUGCUGGGUUAGUCACGCAGGCCGCCAUCUCGCCCAACUUUGAUGCGAAUUGGAAACUGGGUUUAAUGCCGGAAUUGCACUUGCAAUUGACAGAAUUAGAAGAGCCUCCCUCCAAACGUAGUGGAGCGACCACCAGAGCUGAGACACCCAAGGAGGCUCUGGCUCGAUCUGGGACUCCCGCUUCACGUGCCGACACUCCCUCGGGCAGAAAGCGCUUGCUAGAUGUUGAAAGCUUCCUUCCCGCACUGCAAAAGCGACAACGUCUUACGCCUCUUCGAGAUUCGGCCGAGGCGAGUGGCAGAAUUGAUGCGCAAUACCAACUUGCACACCUUCAGGACCAUGUCAAGAAACUGGAGGCAGAACUGGAAACAGCAAGGGACGCCCGACGAAAGGCGGAACAGGAUCGAGAUCAUGCACACGAACACCUGGCACAAUGGAAACAAGACCAUGCAAAUCUGCAACGACGUUACGAGAAACGAAUGACCAAGUGUCACGAGUUGGAGAAACAAAAGCAGAAACUCCUGAAAACCAUGGAAAAUAGUAGAACAAGAAACGAAAGAAUUGCAGAGAGCGAUGCCGCUCUAAGGCAGAAGAUUGCAGAAUUGCAGAAAGAACUUGCGGCAGUACGCGAGGAGAUCAAAGCUGGUGGCGGCGACGCGGCAGCUGUGGAACUCGCGAGAGAAGAAACCCGCACGCUUCUUGCUAAGAACUCCGGCCUGGAAAAGUCCCUCGAAAAUACCCGCAAAGAUUUCGAAUUUACCCGGACUCAAUAUCAGGAGGCGUCGAACAAAGCCGUAGACCUAGCAAACCAGGUAAAGGACCUGGAAGAAGAGGUUACAAACCUAACCAAGCAAGCUGGCGAUGAGAAGCGGCGCCUGAGGGAGAUCAAUUACGAAGACAGCAUCAAGCGGCACCUGGACAAAAUCUCCGAAAUAAGACUGGAAUGCAAGUCACGGGACAUGCUUCUGCGAAAACUAGAAGAGGAAAAUCGCCUCUUAAAGCGCAAUCGCGGCAUCCAGACUCGUGGGUCCAGUGUGCAACCGCCAGGCAGUCCGGGGCUAGAUGGUCAUGGUGGCAGUCGCACAAGAAGUCGCCAGGGAAGCCCUGCUCCUGGCCUGUUUGCGAAUUCGCACCACAACAGCGUAGCGAACAGAGGCAGUUUAUUGAGACAUGAGCGAUAG